AUGGCGUAUCAACAAAGACCUUCGAAUCACAACGAAGACCAAGACCAAAAUCGUCGACUCUACAACCCAUACCAAGACCUCCAAGUCCCAAUCCAAAACAUCUACAAGCUGCCCACUUCCCCAGAAUUCCUCUUCCAGGAAGAGUCCCUCCAUCAACGCCGAUCCUGGGGCGAGAACCUUACAUACUACACCGGCAUCGGUUACCUCUCCGGAGCCGUUACCGGCGCCGGCAAAGGUUUAAUCGACGGAAUCAAGGCUUCCGAGCCGGGAGACACUUUGAAGCUCCGGGCCAACCGGAUCUUGAACUCUUCGGGUCAUACGGGCAGGAAGUUUGGGAAUCGGGCCGGGGUGAUUGGACUUUUAUAUGCGGGAAUGGAGAGUGGGAUGAUGGCGGUGAGGGACACGGACGACGUUAUCAACAGCGUGGUGGCUGGACUGGGUACUGGUGCGUUGUACAAGGCGGCGUCGGGACCGAGGUCGGCGGCGGUGGCUGGGGCGAUCGGUGGGGUGGUGGUUGGGUUGGCGGUGACCGGGAAGCAGUUUGUUGGGUAUUAUGAUUUGAUGAUAUUGAGUAGCAUAUUUGGGCAUGAAGUAGGUUUGGAGUGUUAUGAACACGGUAGUGGAAGUAGUUCUAAUGUGAUUAACUGGAAUAAAAUAUGGGCAAGAGGUCCUUGGAAGCUUUUGGAUUUCGUCGACUUUCUAAAGGCAAUGAACUCCCAUUUGUAUUAA